GUAAAUCUGUAAUCCCCAAGGUACCUGUUGCGCUUCCUAAUGCAUAAUGCAUGUCCUGCGGCCGGAGUUAUUAUUAGCGGCAUGCUGCCGCCCUCAAUCAGGCCGCUCUUUAUAAAUUGCCUCCUUACUUGUAUCUACCAAUCUAGAGCCAAUUAAGCAAAAUAUACGUACUAUACUGCAGCUUAAUUAGGUUGCCAAUCGUAUCGUUCGGUCAUGGAGGAGGAAAGAAGAGAUGUAACCCUCCAACUCCCAGCAGAUGUUAAGGACCGGAUUCUCGAGGGUCUGGACACCCGAGACGCAGCCAGAACUUCCGUGCUCGCAACUCACUGGAAGGGCGUUUGGCCCCGCCAUGGGAAGCUCGUGUUUGAUCCAUAUUUCUUCACCUUUGUGCCAAACAACCCCUUCAAGGUCAUCUCCGACAUUCUGGCCAGCCGUGCUGGUCCGGUCAAGAAGUUUGAACUCCAGUCUGACUUUGACCCCAUACCUCCUCAAUCUGAUCUGGACCGUUGGGGCCUCUUUCUCUCCACUAACGGCCUUGAGGAGCUUAACAUCUCCCUCCUGGCUCGGAUGAAACGACUGGUGCUGCCCGCUGCUAUCUUCUCCUGCCCGACCCUCCGCGUUUUGUACGUUGAGGGUCUCGUUUGUGACUGCCCGAACCUUGUAAACGGUCAGAUGACCCUUCCCUGCGCCGUUUCAAUGGGGUUUGAAUCGGUGAUAUUCAGAAGUGGGUAUGUCAAAGGUGAUGCUGUCUCUAUUGCUCCUGAACUCGAGAAACUGUUCUUCAAUGAUUGCUUUGGGGUCAAUGGUUUUCUGGUCAACGCUCCCAAACUGGUAAGAUUGAGUGUGACUGGCUCUGAGUUGGACAAGGUCCAAACCAAAUGGAUCAUGCCUCAUUUGACUUCGAUCCAGUCUCUUACCUUUUCGAUCACUAAGCUAUGGUGUGAAGAUGUUGCAGAAUGCAUACCGACGUUCCCAACAGCAAUCAAUUUGGAUGUGAUCAAUCUAUAUGGGUUUGACUCUACAUGCGAGAAGUGUGUAGCGUUCGUUAUGACGUUGAUUAAGAAAUCUCCCAACCUGCGCCAACUGCACAUAUCUGGAGCCCUAGAGGGAGUGUUUGAUGAUUGGGGCACUGAAAGGGAAACAGCAGAAGAUUCAAAAGUUCUGGAGGGUGCAAAAGAUUACAUGGCUAAUCUGAAUCUGAACAUGCUUGAAAAUGUGAAGUUAAACUGGUUUGGUGGGAACCUGGUAGAAAUGUAUUUUGUGAAAGCAUUGUUGUUGGGUUCACCUGCACUGGACAAAGUCGUUAUUCAGUUGAGAGGUCGUCACAUUGACCAAUACAAGUUGCAAAAUCAGCUGUUGAAGCUCCCUCGUGCGUCUGAAAAAGCUCAAAUUGUUUUCAAGUAAUGUAUGUACGUCUCUGUCGUGUUGGGUUUAUGCAUGCAUGCAUGAGGUCGGCUUGCCUUUAAGCGCUUUGUUUAAUUUGGGGGAUUUUGUUUUUGCUUAAUGUUCAUGCUUCUCGAUUUUGACAACUAAGAAAUUAUAAUUUCGAGGCUAUUAUGUAAGUCUUGUCAUGAAUUUGUUGUGUUGUUUGAUGAAACGGUUAGCAACACAAGAGGUGGGAAUUGUGUGUUGAACCGUGGCAGUUUUUCGCCAA